UUCACGAUGGUGUCAGUCGUCAGUCUGGAGACUGGAAGAAAGCUACUAGUACUGUAGGUUCAUUUUAAAACUUAGUUUUUAAUUUAUUUAUACCGCAAAAUAUAAAUUAUAGUCUUAUAUUAUUCGCCAACAAAUAACACAUUAGUUCAGCGAAAAUAUUUGACUCUCGUUUAUCGUCUCUCGGGAAUCUAAACCCCAGUAGAAACUUUACAAAGUGAGGGGAUGUUCCAGAUGGACAAGGUUGUAGCGCCUCACUGACCCAGAGAAGCCCAAGUCCCAAGGAGAGAGGAUCCUCAAGCCCCAGGGAGACGGCCUGCAGGGGCAGGGAGAGGCAGGGAGACGGCCUGCAGGGGUAGGGAGACGGCCUGCAGGGAGAUGGGCUCAGAGGAGAGGAGUUCAGCCAUGUCUCACAAGAUCUCUUCCCCCUCACACAGCAACAGCAGCUCCUCCUCCAAACACGACAGCCGACAGGACAGUUGGGAGAUUGUAGAGGGGCUGCGUGGAGGACACAGUAAUGUCCAGGAGCCCCAGAAGCAGGAUGGAUACAUGCUGAAGAGGAGGAAGUGGCCGAUGAAGGGAUGGCACAAGAGAUACUUCUACUUGGACAAGGGCAUCCUGAAGUAUGCCAAGUGUGGUGCUGACAUUGAGAAGGGGAAGUUACAUGGCUGUAUUGACGUGGGUCUCUCUGUCAUGGCCAUUAAGAAGUCAGCCCAGUGCAUUGAUCUGGAUGCAGAGGAAAACAUCUAUCACCUGAAGAUCAAGUCACAGGAGCUGUUUGAUGAAUGGGUGUCUAAGCUACGCCACCAUCGGCUGUACCGUCAGAAUGAGAUUGCUAUGUACCCCCAGGAGAAGGCUUACUACUACCCCCACUUCCCCCCUCCCGGGUCCCCCGGUGUGGCUGAUAGAACGAGGCAUGUGUCUCUAGCCAGGCAGGCAUCGGUCCAUGCUGCAGGUAGCUUCCCUGUGACCUGUACCAGCCAAUCCAAGGUGGCCGCCUGGCUGCAGUCCUCAGAUGACAUGAACAAGUGCUCUAAAGACAUGUCAGUGUGUGAGUCCUACCUGUUGGAGCUGAACCAUCUGCUACAGAGUAUGGAGGUCAUCCACCGCACCUACUCAGCUCCAGCCAUCAACGCACUACUGCAGAUUGAUGGUGGUAGCUUCUACAUUUGACCCCAAAAAGGAUAAAGGCCCCCAAGGAAAUGGCGUGGUUCUAAAAACUACGGCAAAGAUGUGAAAACAACACUGCAGGUUCCCAGUUGCAUCUCAUCUGGCUCCGUCCGUCUCCACGCCUCCAACCCCAACCUCUCUACUGCAGCCCUGGGGACUGCGAAGGCCUACCCUGAACCUCCCUAUAUGGACUCUCCUAUAGACGUAGCCAAACUACAGGAGGACUUCUGCCGCGUCGCUAACAACCUGUAUGCCACCAUGAAGUCAGCCCUGAGCGCUCUCACCUCUGAGAAGGAGAAGUUAAAACAGGUGCUGGACCACCAAGACACAUGUCCCCCUACCUCUCCAGGGAUUAUGGGUCUGAAGAACGCUCUGUCCUCGGCUAUAGCCCAGAACUCUGAACUGAGAGAGCGGCUGAGCAACAUUCACACUGAGUCCAGCUGCAUCCCAGAACCCUCCACUGGGCUCAUAAACCUCUCUGGUCCCCUACAGAAGCAAGACUCCACCGAUGGAUCCCACCCCCUAGUUCACCAGGCGUCCAAUGAGAGCAGAGCGUCCAUCACAGAGUCUCUGUCAGAGUUCUUCGAUGCUCAGGAGGUUCUACUGUCUGCCAGCUCCUCAGAAAACGAGGCCUCUGAUGAUGACUCAUACAUCAGUGACAACGUCAGCGACAACAUCUCCAUGGACAACUUCAGCAACGAGACGGAGAGACCUAACUCGGGCUGUGAAGAGAACGGGGCCCUUCUGAGAAGACGCAGGUCGUGCCUCCCGUCGGCCAGCCCUAACACCAGUAACAUCAGUCUGUGGAACAUCCUUAAGAACAACAUAGGGAAAGACCUCUCCAAGGUGGCUAUGCCUGUUCAGCUGAACGAGCCCCUCAACACCCUGCAGAGACUGUGUGAGGAGCUGGAGUACAGCGAGCUGCUGGACAGAGCUGCUAACACACAGGACCCCUUUGAACGCAUGGUGUACAUAGCCACGUUUGCAGUGUCGGGGUACGCGUCCAGCUACCACCGAGCGGGAGGGAAGCCCUUCAACCCGGUCCUGGGGGAGACCUAUGAGUGUGACCGCCCCGACAAGGGCCUCCGAUUUGUAGCAGAACAGGUCAGCCAUCACCCACCUAUAUCAGCAUGCCACGCUGACUCUAAAAACUACAUAUUCUGGCAAGACAUGAGGUGGAAAAACAAGUUCUGGGGGAAGUCUAUGGAAAUAGUUCCUGUGGGCACCACCCAUGUGAUGCUGCCAGGGUUUGGGGACCACUAUGAGUGGAACAAGGUCACGUCCUGCAUCCACAACAUCCUGAGUGGGCAGCGCUGGAUAGAACACUACGGAGAGAUCUCCAUCAGGAACACCAGCACUGAUAUCUGCCAGUGUAAGGUCACCUUCAUCAAGGCCAAGUACUGGAACUCGAGUGUUAACGAGGUGGAGGGCACCAUCACAGACCACAAGGGGAAGGUCAUCCACAGACUGUUUGGGAAGUGGAACGAGGGGGUGUACUGUGGAGACCCCCCCUCUGCCACCUGCAUCUGGAGAGCCAAUGCCAUGCCGGCUGACCACGAGCAGUACUACGGCUUCACUAAGUUUGCUAUGGAGCUCAAUGAGCUGGACCCUUCACUGAAACUGCUGCUGCCUCCCACAGACACCCGGCUACGGCUCGACCAGAGGCUGCUAGAGGAGGGCAACGUAGAGGCAGCAGAGGAACAGAAGCAGAAGAUAGAACAGCAGCAGAGAGACAGACGCAGAGUCCUGGAGGAAAACACCAUGACACAUCAACCCACAUUCUUCAGGAAAUCAAAGGACGACACCUGGGUUAGCAACAACACUUACUGGGACCUGAGAAGGGAUCCAGGCUUUUCCCACCUGGACUGUCCUGUGUUGUGGUGACCUGAGAAGGGAUCCAGGCUUUUCCCACCUGGACUGUCCUGUGUUGUGGUGACCUGAGAAGGGAUCCAGGCUUUUCCCACCUGGACUGUCCUGUGUUGUGGUGACCUGAGAAGGGAACCAGGCUAUCACCUCCUGGACUGUCCUGUGUUGUGGUGACCUGAGGAGGAAACCAGGCUAUCACCUCCUGGACUGUCCUGUGUUGUGGUGCCCUGAGGAGGGAACCAGGCUAUCACCACCUGGACUGUCCUGUGUUGUGGGGACCUUAGUGUGACUUGUGUGGCCACUGGUCACACACCUGGGUCAUGUUUAUUAGGCCCAGGACUGAAACAGGGAGGAACUACCUGAACGUGUCCAGGAAGAAACACUUCUGCGUUCAAAAGGCAGAAAACAGACUGCAACUUCCAGUCCAAUAAGAAACUUUAUUUACGUUUUGCUACGGUGUGCACUUAUGAACACGACCCUGUUUGGACUUCCUGUCUGUACUGUGACCCAGGCUGGCUCUGGGGGCUGGAGUCCUGCUGCUCUAUCCGUCUCAUUGGUUACGCCUCAAAUGGCACCCUAUUCCCUACAUAGUGUACUGCUUUUGACCAGAGCCCUGUGGGCCCAAGUAGUGCAUCAUACGCUAAAGGGAAUAGGGUGCCAUU